AUGUCGGGGCUGAGGGAAUGCAAGAGGAUGAAGAUGGUACCAGGCUUCGGCGGGGCCCCUGGCCUGGGCUCCGCUUCCAGCUGCAAAUCCUCCCACGGCCGCCAGAACCGCAUCAAGGUGACUCUGCAGAAGCUGCUGCUCUUUGCUGGAGAGGAAAUCAGAGGUGUCCCCCAGCCGCCCAGCUCUGAGGGUGCACAGGAGGGCGACCACAUUGACAUGCUCUGCUCACCCCCAGGCCUGGGCUCCGCUUCCAGCUGCAAAUCCUCCCACGGCCGCCAGAACCGCAUCAAGGGCCCCAGCACGGGGAACACUCAGCCCAAGGAAGCCCCUGAGAUCCUUUAUGAUGUCUCCCCGCAGGGGAAGCUCACCUCCAGGCUGGAGGGCGCGGCCCUGGCCGGCAAGGACGGCGCUGCAGGGAACCCCGUAGGGAAAGGACUCCUCGCAGCCAAGGAGUUUAUUAGAAACAAAGAACGAGGAGCUGGCAAGGGCCUCAGAGAUUGCCUGGGUCGGGCCAGGAAGCUGGCUGAGGAGCUCAGGAGCAAGAGACCAAAACCAGCCGAGAAGGAGACAGAAGGGAAGGAAGGGGUUGAACAGUGAACAGAGAGACAAAGAGCAGGCAGCUCCAAAGAGCCAAGAAUGCAAAUCAUUUGCAGACGCCGGUGA